CACCACUCUCUGAGUUUUCCAUCACACCAAAAUCAGACGUUCUGCUUUUUAAAACAAGUUUAAUUGAUUUCAAAAACUGAAGAUCUGGAUAUACUUUUGUUUUGACUGCUGGGCUGAGGAGGGGUCAUGGAUCCGAUUGUGGAAGUAGUGGCUUUGGUGCUGGGGUUCAUUUCUUGGGUGAUGGUGGGGGUCACCCUGCCGAACCGUUACUGGAGGACCUCCACCGUUGACGGGAACGUCAUCACCACCUCCACCAUCUAUGAAAACCUGUGGAUGUCCUGUGCGACGGACUCGACCGGGGUGCAUAACUGCAGGGAGUUUCCUUCGCUGCUUGCUUUGAGUGGCUACAUCCAAGCGUCUCGUGCCUUGAUGAUCACAUCGGUAGUGAUGGGCACGUUUGGACUGAUGGCGGCCCUGAUAGGAGUGCAGUGUUCAAAAGCCGGAGGAGAAAACUCUGUUCUCAAAGGGAGGAUUGCCGGCACUGGUGGAGUCCUUUUCAUAUUUCAAGGUGUGUGCACAAUGGUCGCAAUUUCCUGGUAUGCCUUCAACAUCACUCAGGAUUUCUUUGACCCCUUCUAUCCCGGGAUAAGGUAUGAAAUAGGAGAAGCACUUUACAUCGGCUGGUGUUCGGCCGUGCUCGCCAUCGCUGGAGGAGCCUGUCUCACCUGCUCCUGCAAAAUGGGCACAGAGGAAAAAUACCCGUUGCCUUAUCAAGCAAGGGGAACUGUGUACUCUGGAGCAGCACCGACCAGAAGCCAGGCUGCCAGCACUUACGGACGAAAUGCUUACGUUUGAAACAAAAUAUGAAAACAGAAAGAAAUCUCAUCUCUUGCGAAAUCCUGAAGUAAAAUCUUUUCAUGGCCCCAGUUUCUUUUGUUUAUGCAUCUGACAUGUCCUGGUGUUCAGCUUUUACACUUUUUGCCAUGUGGAAAAGCUAAAGGUCCAUCGUAAAGUAACACAGCACCACUGAACUGUAAAUAAUCACAAUAUCAUGUGUGUAUCCUGUAAAAAAAAAUGAUAGCAUUGAAAUGAUAGAAUUGAAGUUGUAAAAGUUGUAAAAAGGUAAAUCUUCUUAUCACCUUAUCACCACACAUACGUACCAUAUGCUUGCAAUGAUUCUAUUUAUGUUUAGCACAAAUACAUUUACAUACAGUCACUUAUUUCUAAGGAAUCCAAUCAUUUGAUGAUCUGCAUAUGAACUUCCAGACAUUUAUGAAGGGGAAGGUCAAAACUGUGAUAAUUCAGAUGUUUGUGUGUUGUUUUGUACAGUUUUAUAGAUAAUACCUGUGAAAAAAGGGUUCGGACAAGUUAUCUUUAUUUUGUUUUGUUUUUUACAAUA